AUCACAUCCGUCAUCCGCCAUUUGCGAAAGUAGCCGAUCGCUGCUCCGCAGCGCGAGUGUCGUACGUUUGAGUAUGUCGAGAGUGUAAUUUGUUAUUUUCAAUUAAACUGUGACUUCAGUGCUGGAUUUUAGCAGUUAAAAUGAUUGUGAGAUUUUUGAGCGUGCUGUGCCUGGGAGUUUUGGUGGCUUCGGCGCACAAUGCCGAAGGAAACAACGACAAUGAAGACGUACCAUACUUGGAGCUGGCGGAGCCGGACGAGGGCUACCACGGCCUGAUCCGUGAGAACGAGACCCUGGUGGAGGUGACCCCGGCGAUCCGCGCCCGGGGGCCUCUCUGCUCGUUCCUCAUACUGAACAACAAGCAUCACGGGGAGGCGCCGUUUGAGAUAAUGGUGAUCGACGAGAACGAGGCGCGGCUGCGCGUGCGCUUUCCGCUCAACUGCGAGAAGCGGCGGAACUACAAGUUCGACAUCGCCGCCGUGGGCUGUGACGGCUCCUACUCUAACACGGUCCCAGUUCACAUAACGGUGACAGACGUGAACGAGUUCGCGCCGGUCUUCCCCCAAUCCGCGUACGUCAAGUCCGUGGACGAGGGCCGCAUCUACGACGAGAUAGUCCGCGUCGAAGCGACUGACCGCGACUGUACGCCUCGGUAUGGCGACGUGUGCAAGUACGAGAUACUGACGGAUCGGAGCCAGCCCUUCGCUAUCGAUACUUACGGUGUGAUCCGUAACACAGAGCCGCUGGACUACGAGAAAUCACACAACCACAUCCUGUCCGUCGUCGCCUACGAUUGCGGCAUGAUGCAGUCAGCUCCAGUGAUGGUCACGAUCAAGGUCAACAAGCCCUGCCGCGCGGGCUGGAAGGGAGUAGCGGAGCGCGUGGACGUGGCGCCCGGGACGGGGCCGCUGGCGCUGUUCCCGGCCGCGCGCCUCGAGGCCUGCUCCUCCGACGAGCGCUGCCCCGGCGUCACGCGCAUCCAGGCCGCCGUCACGCUGCAGGCCUCCCGCGCCGGCUCGGGCUGCGACCGGGACACUUACGCUAUACACUCGCAGAGGACCAUUUGUGGUUUGGACCCCAAGACAGUGGACCUCCUGCCCAGUCCGGGCGCUGGCAACGAAUGGGCGAAGGCUCUCAAACCUGAUUCAGGUCGCGACGGCGAGCAGAUGUUUGAGUUCGACGGUUCGACGACGGCCGCAGCGGUUCCAUCUAGCGUCCUUCCAUCCUCCUUAGCUGGGAGUUUCUCCAUCUCCACCUGGAUGCGCCACGCCCCGCCGCCCGACCAUGACAAGCACAGGAAGGAGCACGUGCUGUGUCUCGCCGAUGACCACAAAAUGAACCGCCACCACUACGCCCUGUUCGUCCGCAACUGCCGCCUGAUCCUGCUGCUGAGGCGAGACUUCGGCGACGGUGACCUGAACAUCUUCAGACCUGCAGAGUGGCGUUGGAAGAUCCCUGAGGUGUGCGACAACGAAUGGCACCACUACGCCGUGAACGUUCGCUUCCCGAACGUGGAACUUUUCGUCGAUGGAGAACCGUACCGCGCUGUUGAUGGCAAAGGACCAGAGGUCAUCGAUGACUGGCCACUUCAUCCUGCUCAUGGAGUCAACACCACCCUCGUCGUUGGAGCCUGUUGGCAAGGAACGGAAGGCGACAUGAAACACCACUUGCACGGUUGGCUGGCCGGUCUGGGCGUGCUCGUGCACGACGUGCAGCCGCCGGCGGCACUGAAGUGCGUCGCGCACUGCCGGGAGGGGCUCAGCUUGGCCCCUGAUCUAUACCUGAAGUCGGUGUCGGUGGAGGGCGACGGCGUGGCGGACGUGGAGACGCUGCUGCGGCGCGUCGCGUACGGCGACGCGCGCGCCUUCCCCACGCCCGGCCGCCGCAACGUGCACGUCGCCACCACCAUCACAUGCGACAACGGCCGCAUCAUCAAAGCGAAGCCCGCCGAGUCCUACAUCAUGGUGUUGCAGCCCCAAACCCCAAGCAUCCUCAUCAACGGCACUGAUGACGCCGCGAGGGACUACGCCCAUUUCCGUCAGGGUCUGAGGGUGUUCCCUGAAUUGAGUGUCAGGGUUUUGGCGGCACAACAUGGCGCCGUGAGAGAUGCGGAGACGCAGAAGCUGGACUCGUGCGUGGUGUCGGUGUACCCGGCGCUGAACCCGGACCACGAGGCGCUGUCGCUGCGCUCCGCCUCGGAGCUGCCGCUGCGCUACGACAUCCGCGCAGCUGUGACGCGCGACGGCGUCAUCCUCACCGGCUCCGACUCUGUGCACAACUACCAGCAGGUUCUCCGUGAGAUCGAGUACAGCAAUAAGAAGCCCGCGUACUACUUGAACCGCGUGUUCAAGCUCACGUGCUCUGAGCUGGACGGCCGGUUCACCAGCAACGAAUACGUUCAAACGCUGACUGUGGUGCAUCCUCACAUGAGCGGCGAUGGUCUCGCGCGUGAACUGCACCCCAGCGGCGUGGCCGACAAAAUGGACGCCGUGGCCAGAGACAAACAGCCCAUGCACCUGCACGGGCACGCGCUGCAGCCGCGCGUGUACGCGGCGCACGCGCAGCGCGAUGCGCACGUCGCCGACCUGCCGUCCGCAAGGCUGCUCGACGCGCCCACCAGCGCUACCAACCACGUGGCCCUGCUGAUCGGCGUGAUCGCGUGCGGCGUGCUGGUGCUGGCGGGCGGCGUGGGCCUGGCGCGUGCGCGGGCGCCGCGCUCCCCGCGCGCGCGCGCGCCGCGCGACGAGAUGGCCUGGGACGACUCCGCGCUCACCAUCACGCUCAACCCCAUGGAUGAGCAGGCCGCAGCGGAGAUGGGCACGGCCGGCGCGGCCGAGAUGAGCUCGGACGGGGAGUCGUGCGACGAUUCCGACUCGGACCGACACGACUCGUCGGACGAGGACGAGGAGGUGAUGUCCGGCAAACAGCACAAAUACAGAAACAUCAGCCAGCUGGAGUGGGACAACAGCACCAUGUAAUGCGCCCGCGCAUCUUGCAUCUCUCUCGCACGCGAGCCACGCCUCUAUCGCUAUCUCGCUCCGCAAACUGUCCGCAUUAGUUUUUACGUGUAACGAAAUGUGUUGUGUGAAGGUCGUUAAAUGGUUUUGUGAUAAUCGAUACACUAGCGUGUGGAUCUUUUAUAUUUAUUUUUGAAGUUUAGAAAUAAUUAUUUUGACUAGUUUUCGGGAUACUAGAAUAUCAAAUAUGACGAUCAAAGUAAUUUAAACAAACGACUAGAAAAUGUUGUAUUAACAGCAGUAAAUAGCAACUGUAUUAGAAAAUAUAUGAAACUUGAUGAUUUAAAUUGUAAUUGUAAAGAAAGUAGAAAGUUUUCUUUUGUCAUACUGGCUUUGCAACAGGAGAUUUAAAUCGACUGAUUGGGCAAAAAUAGUAUAAUUGACUAAGACUAGUUAAAUUUGACGUCCCAAUCGGUAUACGAGUCGUUUAACUUAAGAAUGAUAAAACUAAUAAGUCGGAAAUUAAAAAUAAUGCGAUUAAACUAAUGCAUGCUGUUUGCGAUCCGUCUAUCUCUGUCCCACACUAGGCCCGAUCCUAAUGCGUGACAGAGACGACACAGCGACCCACAGUACAGAACGGAAUUGAUUUCUCGAGGUGUAGAAGCUUGGCACAAACCACUGCACAAUUUGUCAUUUAUAUUUUUAAUUUGUAGUUUAUUGUAAGUCUAAAAUUGAUCAUAUCAAGUUUAUACGUAAAUCGGUUUCCGCAAACUAUUGUUGCCAAUAAGCGCGAGUGUACUUAACGUGUUUUGGAACGCGCCCGGCGGCCAUCUUGUUUCCGUCUCGGCGGCCAUUUUGUGUCCGUCACGUUGGCAGCGGCAGUUCGCUCCGCGCUUGCUUUGUAGAACAGAGUACUCUACUCUAGAACUCUUUUCUAAUCUUUUUUUAAAAAUAAGUGGAAACAACUGUAUGUACUAAAUAACAGUAGUCGUUGUAAUUUCGUAUGGAAUCAGUAUAGCUCGUAAUAUAGCUUGUAAGUGAUCAAAUACUAUGUAUAUUGAAUACUUAAGAGAUAUGUUGUAUGCUUCACUUUACACUUCAAGUAUAUUUUGCUAUGAUUUUUUUUUUAGUUUAAGACUCCCGGCACGCCGUUGCCUGUUUGCGUUGAGUUAUUUUUGGUUCAAAAUGCAUUUAACAUUUUUAUUUGAAGGUACAAAAGCUUCGUACAAUUCGUAGUUAAUGUCGUUCGACACAGAAAAGUCCAAAAAUACUUCUACCCUUUAUGAGCUUCUCAAAGAUCGGCUUAAAUGUAUAUUAGGCACAGAUAUUUUGAAAAAAAAAAUAGAUGUACGAUAUUAUACAAGUUAAUAUACAAAAUGGUAUCGACAGCUACUAUAUAAUUAAUUAUAUAUAUAUUUUGAAUGCGUUAAGGGAUUUUUACUAACAAUUAGGUAGUAAGAGGCGGUUACGCCGCCGGUCUAACUGUAGGUAGGGUUUUAUUUGGGUUUAUCGGUAGUGCGUCUCGCUCGCACGCCAGCUGUGCACAGCCCCGUGACAGAGACAAAAUAUAUCAAAGAGUAAAUACACAUAGAGGUGACAUUAUUUAAAGAGUCGAGUUUCGUGUCAAGGUCACGGGGUUGGUAGUACAGUUUGACGUUAAGUGGUUGCAUAUCAUGGAACGUUUGCCAUAUUAGUGUUAUAUGUGUACGACUGUACGACCCCAAGCAAUCGUUGACAUAAUCAUUUUGUCUUUGUCACUAGUUAGCGUUGUUGUAUGUUGCCGUUUCUCUCGCACGUGUGGCGGUUACGGGCGGGCUGUGUUUGGCAUUGUUAUUAAUAAGUUGGGUUUAACCUCAUAGCAUUUUAUAAAAACUUAUUAUAGGCAUUUGCGCAUAAAAUCUAAUUUAAAGUCCACUGUUUGAAACACUAUCCGCACUUAAUCUUUUUAUGUGUCAAUUCUCUAACUUCGAUAAUAAACUUUAAGUGUGGUUAACAGAUCGAUCAACGUUUAAAAAUAACUUUAUCGCAGGCAGCUCUGAAAUUUAUGAUAUUUUCUUACCCAGGCAGCUAGUAGCCGAAAUGCAAUAAGUACCUACUUACUUAAAUUAUCUGACAUCUGUCAUAUUAUUAGAUGGUCUUUGUAGUAGUACUAUGAUGCCAUCUGUCAAAAUUUUACACAAUAUGAUACUAUCAAUACAUUACAUAUUUAGUUGACGAUUUAGCAUGUUGAAUAAGGCUCUGUGUUCCGCUAUGAGACCUAAACCCUCAAGGCAAGAUUUUGUCGUUCGGUUAGUGAAAUUGUGCCAUCUAAAACAACGAAAAUGUCACCUGUCAUUCUGUCACCGCAGCCCGCCGUAUUAAGUUUCAGCUUCGUUUCCCGUUGUGUUUGUUAGUUUAUUCUUGACAACCGUCCAAACUUCGCUUUUUUAAUAUGUUUAAGAGCCUCCUAGCGUCUCGAGCGUCGGCGUCUAGUUAUCUCUAUGGCUGCUCCUCGACGCAACUGUGCAGCGACGCCAUUUUCUAUAGCGCUAACUAGACGUCGACAUUCAAAAGACGCUGUUGUUGGGCUCUAAUCUAGUUUAAGAUCUGAAAUGUUUUAUUCUUUGACAGCGUGCGCACAGCCAGUUUUUAACAAGUAUUAUGUGAGGUAGCUACUUUCUUUUUGUAUUUUGCGGUAUUAUUACAGUAUACUUAGGAAUCCUCUUUGAUGUAUGAAUUAUUAUAUUUUAGCUAAAAAUAAAGUUGGUUUAAAAUAA